CUACUUUUGAUUAUCCAUCAUUCACUCAUAAAUUUAGAAUUGAUAAUUUGGCUUAUUUUAUUUCCGAAUAUUUUGAUUCAAGUCAAGGUAAUAGCUAUAAUAAUAAUGUAGAAAUCGUCAUCACCACCGAAUCGGGAAUUUUAUUUACUGAAAUAUGUAAAUUAUUAAUAAAUCGUUGUUCAUUUUUGAAUUAUUUUGAAAUGACGGAAAUUCCGGAAAAUUAUUCUAACGAUCUAAAUUAUAAUGAUUUGAUUGGUUCAAUUAUCAAGUUACCUGGAGCUUCGAAAGUAUUUAAUAAAUUAGAAACAUUUGUUUCGGCAACAACAAAUGAUGAACUAACUAGACCAUUAUAUGAAUCAUUAGCACUAUUUUGUAAUAAUAUUUUAAAUAUUGAUUUGAUAUUUAAGUCAGAAUCUCAAGUUCAAUUAUUAGAAAAACUUAUUAGUGUUCAAAAACGAUUAGAAAAUCUAUCAAUUAUUGGUAAUAGUAAUAUAAAUUGUAAUUCAUUAUUAUGGGUUUUAGUCAGUAAAAAAGAAACCUUAGAGAGUCUUCGUUUAAAAUCAGUAGAUUUUUAUCACUUCGAAGAGAAAUCAUCACCAAUUGGACAAUUUACUUCACUUAAAAAACUUUAUAUUGAAUAUUGUUUACUUUAUAAAUCGGAUAGUUUAUUCUUUGCUUCAUUAUUUACCCAAUUAAGUAGUUUUCAUUAUAUUUAUUCGAUUUUUUCAUUAAAUGUUUAUUCUCAAGAAUUUAUUAUAAAAAUUCUCGAAACGGCCAACACAAAUUUAAAAAAUAUUUGUCUAGAUUUAUUUCUCACAAUUCCAUCCGAUACAUUUUCAACUAUCUUGAAUUAUUGUACAAAGAUUACCGAAUUAAAUUUACUAAAUUUAAGUCUCGAACAAAUUAUAACAAUAUUUAAUAAUAAUUUUAAAGAAUUAAGGAGAUUUCAUUUG